AUGUCAAAAACUUCCACUCUUCUCUACUGCUUAAUCUCCUUUUGCUCCAUCAUACUCAUAGAUGGAGCACAACUGAUUCUAGUGAACAAUUGUGGAGAAAGUGUAUGGCCAGGAAUACUAGGAGGAUCAGGGCAACAAACACCAAAAGAUGGUGGAUUUCAUCUAGGAAGUGGCGACGAAGUAGUAUUAGACGUACAAGAAAAAUGGUCAGGAAGAAUAUGGGGAAGACAAGGGUGCAACUUCGACAACGAUGGAAAUGGCCACUGUCUAACAGGCGAUUGCUUCGGCAAACUACAAUGCAAAGGCUUAGGAGGAAUUCCACCAGCAACCGUAGUCGAAAUGACAUUAGGAUCAUCAUCUUCACCAUUACAUUUCUACGACGUGAGUUUAGUGGACGGUUUCAACUUACCUGUUUCGAUGAAACCUAUUGGAGGUGGAAUCGGUUGCGGUAUAGCUUCUUGUGAAGUUGAUUUGAAUGUCUGUUGUCCAUCAGCACUUGAAGUGAAGAGAAAUGGGAAAGUGGUUGGUUGUAAAAGUGCUUGUUUGGCUAUGCAAUCUGCUAAGUAUUGUUGCACAGGAAGUUAUUCUGAUCCUAAGACUUGUAAACCUACACUUUUUGCUAAUCUCUUUAAGGCUAUUUGUCCUAAGGCUUAUAGUUAUGCUUAUGAUGAUACUAGUAGUCUUAAUAGAUGCAGGGCUCCAAGGUAUGUUAUCACUUUCUGCCCUCCGCCGCAGUAA